GCAGCGAGUCCCGGGGGCGCCCGGCCAGAGCGCAGCGCUGAGCCACAGCCCCGCCGGCAGCAGGGAGGGCCACGCCAUAACCAUGUCUGAGCUGGAGAAGGGCAUGAUCGCCAUCAUCGAUGCCUUCCACCAGUACUCCGGGAAGGAGGGGGACAAGCACAAGCUGAAGAAAUCAGAACUGAAAGAGCUCAUUAACAAUGAGCUGACCCAUUUCCUCAGUGAGAUCAAAGACCAGGAGACUGUGGACAAAGUCAUGGAGGCACUGGACAGCGACGGGGACGCAGAGUGCGACUUCCAGGAGUUUGUAGCCUUCAUUGCCAUGGUCACUGCCGCUUGCCACGAGUUCUUCGAGCACGAGUGAGCUGGUGGAAAGGAGGCUCUCUGCUGGAGAGAUGCAAGGCAGCAUCGCUCCUCUGGGGAAAGGACUGGGUGUGGCUACAGGCUCCUUAGAGCUCAGCUUGUGCUAGACUUCAGCAGCUUAUUAAAUCCUGCAGCUUUGUGAAACAAAGAAACACCUGCACAGCACAGGAAAGCCUACAGGGCAGUGCCCACCGGGCUGGAGGCAGUGUGUGAGGGCCUUGUCUCAAGCUCCUUCCCUGCUGUUGUAAGCCAGGAAUGUGCACAGGGCUGGAAGCAGGCAGACACCGCGAUUCAAGCUUGCUUGCAAAGGAACAAGGGAAAUUUAGGGGCUGAAGAAGGAGGUGAUGCAGAGGGGCUGGUUAUGGAAGCCUGGUUCUGAGCCCACUGGCCUGAACAGGAAUCAUAGAAUCAGAUGGGUCGGAGAGGACCUCUCAGAUCAUCAAGUCCAACCCUUGAUCCAACACCAUCACAGUUACUACACUAUGGCGCACUAAGGGCCAAUCCAGUCUCUUCUUAAAUACCUCCAGGGACAGAGAAUCCACCACUUUUCUGGGCAGCCCAUUCCAAUGCCUGAUUACCCUCUCUGUAAAGAAUUUCUUCCUAAUACCCAACCUAAACCUCCCCUGGCAGAGCUUGAGACCAUGCCCUUUUGUCUUAUUGAUAGUUGCUUGGGAGAAGAGACCAACCCCCACCUGGCUAUAACCUCCUGUCAGGUAGCUGUAGAGAGUGAUGAGGUCUCUCCCCGAGCCUUCUCUUCUCCAGGUUAAACAACCCCAGUUCCCUCAGCCUCUCCUCAUAGGACUUGUGUUCAAGUCCCUUCACCAGCCUGGUUGCUCUUCUCUGGACCUGCUCCAGCACCUCAAUAUCCUUCCUGAACUGAGGGGCCCAGAACUGGAAGGCUCUCAGUGAUUCCUGUGGGCUCUGUGCAUGGCAUUAACCCAGGAAACCCAGCUCCUGUCCCCUCACAGGGGCUCAGUAGAGCCCACUCAUUUCUUGGCAAAUUGAGACACCCUUGGCUUGCAAGGCAAAGCAUAACCAUCUAAAAGCAUAACCAUCUAACAGCCCGGGCUUUCCUCUCGCUGAUCAAUCCUCCCUGCUUUUGGCAGCCUGCAGAACUGGAAGCAACAGCAUAUGAGGCUUCUGGGCUGGGGUCAGCCCCUGGGCCUGGGAUGUGCCUUUGUAACGUGUCCAGGCUCAGACAGAAGGGAUGGGGCGAUUGGCCCAGUGUGACCACAGACCAGGCACAGCCUCCUGAUUGUGUGGAAGUGGCGAAAAUAAAAUGUGGUUUCAGUC